UCCAAAAAAACACCGUAUAUAUUGAAGAAACCCUAACCCCUUAUCCUUCUCUGGCUCGCCCACUGAUCUCCGCCUCUUUCUGCUCCCACACAUCACACACCUCACGAGUUCAAGAUGCCGUUCAAGAGAUACGUUGAGAUUGGGAGGGUAGCCCUUGUCAACUAUGGCAAAGACUACGGAAAGCUCGUUGUCAUUGUUGAUGUCAUCGACCAGAACCGAGCUUUAGUUGAUGCCCCAGAUAUGGUGAGGGGCCAAAUGAACUUCAAGAGGCUUUCACUCACAGAUAUCAAGAUAGAUAUUAACAGGGUUCCCAAGAAAAAGAAUUUGAUUGAGGCUAUGGAGAAGGCUGAUGUUAAGAACAAGUGGGAGAAUAGCUCGUGGGGCAGAAAGCUUAUUGUCCAGAAGAGAAGAGCAGCUCUCAACGACUUCGAUAGGUUCAAGCUGAUGUUAGCUAAGAUCAAGAGGGGUGGAUUGAUCAGGCAAGAGCUGGCCAAGCUGAAGAAAGAGAAUCCAGCCUAAAAUUUUCAUAUUACAUUAUCAAUUUUGUUAUCAAUAUGCUGCAAGUUAUUUUGGAAUCUUAUCCAUUUGGUUUCCUAGUCACUUAGAGAUUGAGAACAGUUUUAAGGAAAGCUUUCUUUUAUGUGAGUUUUUGUAGUGAGUUUGUGCAACCUGUACUUCGACAGUAUUCUUGUCCUUUUUGCAUAGCUAACAUUUCUUUGAAUUCUUGUU